AUUUAUUACUGCCAUUUUCAGACGUGUUAAGUGUUUUUAUUGGAGUUUAAUAUCCAUUUUCGUUCGUCUAUGAUAUGUCUUUGUAAUAAUUUGUAUUAAUGUCUUCUUGUUAUGAAGAUAUAAUUUGAUAAUCACCGUAUGCCGUUAAUGGGAACCUAAACAUUAUAUGUUUUGUUAGUUGUGUUUUUAUUUUUAAAAUGGCCAAGUUAGUCGAAGUUUACAGAAACGACAAGCAAAAAUUGACUAGAAGGCAACUUCCACUAGUCAUUGAUGAUAAUCUAACAAUGGUUAUGGAUCUAAACAGCAUGGGGUUUGUAUAUGAUACUCCAACAGUCCGUGGUAAGGAAUUGGAUAAGUUCUUGGACAUGUAUAAUUCACUAACCCCGUCAGAAUUACGUCAAGCAUUUGAAGUUGAAUUUAAGGAUAUCAUGUCAAUUUUGGGUCAAACAAUACCUUGUGUUGGAUGUCGUAGAAGUGUUGAGAGGUUGUAUGAGCAGCUUCAGAAGUCAGGUCAUCCUGCUCUAGAGCCGUUGGUUAUAUCCCCUAAUGGGAACCUUACCAUUAAAGACGAUCACUUCAGUUGGCCCCAUUUGGUGUGUACACUUCUUCAUGGUCACAGUGCUCGUCUAACACAACUGGUGGAAAGCCAACUUCGAUCUAAGAAAAGUCGUCGUUGCAUAUUACAUAGUCUGGAUGCGUCUCGAGUGAGGGCUCCCUGGAAAGAGGUUUGGGAUGUGAUGAGACCACAGUGCAGGGAAGAAGUGCUAUUGAUCGAUGCAGGAGCUCUGAUGUCGACCCUAGAGGGAUAUUUGCAGAAGCACAGGUUUUGCGGCGAUUGCCGAACUAAAGUAUUACGGGCUUAUUGGUUACUUGUGGAAGAGCCUGAACCAGGAAGGGAAAAGGGUUAUGUUCCAUCUUUAUACGCUGGUAUUAAACGUUGCCUACCAGAUAAACACAUUCAUCUCCCUCCUAGUACUGAUUAUGUUACGGCGCUUGUUGCCAGGGUUCAUCCUGAUAUUAUUGGCAGUGGAGGGGAGAGACAUGCCAAAACAUUGGAAAUUGCACAAGGUGAAGUCAUUACAUGUUUAGGCCUGUGUGUUUAUGAAAGACUCCAUAGGAUCCAAAUGCGUCUAAAAGAAGAAGAGACAACUUGUCAAGUUUUGGCCGCCAUUGCAAUAGAUGCUCUUAGCAGAAAAUUUCAGGUUUCUGUUGAAAUUAAACGAGGUAUUUCAAAGCUUGAACUAUUAUAUAAAGAGUUAACAAAAGAAGAGUUAGCUAAACAGCAGAGGAAAGAACAGAAAAAACUUAAGAGAAAGAAGAGAAAGGAAAGAAAAGCUGGUGCAGAUUCAAAAGUGGACGAUGCUGUAGAAUCAACUUGCCAACUUCAUAAUAGUCUGAGUUUAAGCGAGACAUCUCUUUCAUGCCUUGAAGGAAUCGAAACACCAUUGACACAGGAUAAGGCUGAAAAACACAAUGGAACCUGUUGCUGCGAGUACGCACAAGACUGUGGUUAUUCUAGUGGCAAUAACAAUGCCAGUUCAUCUCCUAGUUCACCCGACGGCUCAGAAGUCGCUUGUUGCGAUGGUUUUUGUAAUGAUGAAGGAGUUUGUAAUAGAGUCACUAAUAAUUCAGAAAAACCAACCAAUGGAGGUGGUGAAGAAAGAUUGAAACUCUCUCUCGAGCAGAUGCUAGAGGAAACAACUUCAUCUGAUGAGGAAAGUUUCAUUCCAUUAGAAGACGUCAGAGAGUUUCAGUCACAAGUUAAUAUAACACAAAAAAGAGAAGAACUGCGGAGAACACUUAGGCAGAGAUUUGCCCAAUUGUGCGGCAACACAACUCAACUAUAAAGAUUAGAGGGUGUUAAGUAUUCUAGACUUUUUGUUGCUAUUUAUUCUAUUUAAUCUGAAAUAUUGUUUCUUUUAUUUUAAAACAGACAAAAUAAGCUUCUUCUUCUUUUUUUUUUUUCCUGUGUACAUACCAAUUUUUUUAUUUUCUACUUACUCUCAUUUAUAAAAGAAAAUUAGAUAAAAAAAAACAAAAAAAAAAUAUAGUGUCAAUUAGUGCCAAAAACUAACAUAAUUAUUUUCUCUGUUCUGUAUUUUACACAAUUAUAUAGGGAUGUGUUAAGAGAGGAUUUAUAUUUUGGUGUCGUUAUUUGAAUUGUAUUAUUGUUUAUUUAAAUAUAUAAGUUGAAAAUGGCACUACUUUGUAUACAUUCCCAAGAGUUGUUAAGAAAAAAAGAAAAAUUAUAAUUAUAAACACUAUAUUGGUUUUAACUUUUAAGUUAAAAGAAGUGAUACCAAUACCUUAAUGGGAUAAAUAAAAUUAUUUUAAGUAUAAGAUUCUGAUGUCCCCAUCGUAAUUCAGAGCACUUAAUGACUCUUGAUAAAUUUUUAACAUGAAAAUUAUGCAGAUAAAUGUUUUAUGCAGAUCAGAUAGUAUUGAAAUCAAGUUCUCUUGGUAAAUUUAUUUUUUUUCUUGAUUAUAACUUUUUCUGAACCUUUAAAUAUACAUAUGUAUAUUUAUAUUUUUUAGCUAAAUAGAAUGAUUGUAUAAAUGAUGAAGAACUAUGCUUGAAUAAAGAAAAUAAUUAGUUAAAUUAAAUGAGAAACAGUUUUGGCUCACUUCAGUAUGUUUGCUUCUGAUAAUUGAAUGUUAUCAGUGGGAAAUUAAUUAAUUAUAGAAAGAAAAAAAAAUGCAUAUGUUUACCUAUAGUAAGCUCUAUAUAAAAUAUUCUAUUUCAUUUCAGUAAUUAUGUUGGAAAAGAAAAUUAAAUUUUCUCCAUCAAUUUAUCAUAUUCACCAAACUACUUUUAUUUUGUUGUAGCAAAACAGUUAAAAAAUCUGUUAAGCUCUGAUAUAAAAAUGAGACAUCAAAUUUGUCCCCUAAGCUGUGAAACAUCAUUAGUAAAAAAAAAAAAAAAAAAAUCUAAACUAUGAUCUUAAUACCAUUAAAAUAUACGUAGAUAGAUAUCAAUGUAUCAUUCUUUAGACAGCACAUAAGUCAGAACAAAUAAUAUAAGUAUUCUACGAAAUGAUGGGUUGGAUAAGAUUCCUUAGAAUGAUGUGUUAUUUAUUUAUUUUAAUAAUAUAAAAAUUGUUGUUUUGAUUUUUUUUUUUUAGGCAUCACAGCUUAAUUGAUAAAAUUAUUUGAUUAUAUUUCAUGUUAAAAAUUAAAAAUAUUUCUCUGCUAUAAUAUACCGUAUUUUCCACUUUGAUUUUGUUUUUAUACUGAUUAAAAAAAAAAAGAUAGAAAAAAAAGCGAUUUUUUCCCCCUGUUAUUCACCUCACAAUUUUAUUUUAAAAUCAUUUAACUACUGCGCCCACAAGUCAACUCUGUCUUUACCUUAACCCGGUUUAAAAAGUUACUAUGACUGAAUAUGUAACGUGUCAGAUAAGUGCGCUGUGCUUUAGGGUUGGUUUUGCCCCAAAAUAAUUUAAUUAUUUUGAGUGCUUAAAAAUAAAUAGAAACAAGUCUUUUUCCUGUAAUACAUUCAUAUAUAUAUAUAUAUAUAUAUUUCAAUAUCCUCUAAGAAAAAAGUCACAUUUUUUUUUAGUAAAUAC